AUGGAAGAGAAAAGAGAAUGCGAUCUUGAUACCAUAGAUAUCCCACCAGUUGGAGAAAUUAAUCAUAGAAAUGGAAACUGCUAUUGCUAUCUAUGCAGCUGUGGAGAGCAUCUCUGCCCGUCUUUAACUCCUCGUGAUAGGCCGUGAUCAAAAGCUAUGUACUCGUCAAUAUACCAAAAAGAGUUUAUUAGUAAACCUUUUUCACCUAUUAAACCAGUAAAAUUAGAAGGAGAGCUCCUACAUAGUCGACAGAAGAUGGAUUUGAGAACUACAAAGCAAGAAGAUUUUUGCGAAAAACCUUUGGAAAGACUAAAUAAAAGUUUAAAUAUUGAUGACAACCAUAAGUGAAAGCCAAAAUUUUUAGCAACAUCGACAUAUUCUUCUAACUUUCAGGACUGGAAAACUCCUCCACCACUCAAAAAGCUGCCCAAACUGCUUACUGAGCCUAUUGAUAUAAAGCUAAAAGCAAAUACAACAUAUGCUGACAGCUUUUCUCUGCCUGAUAAAAUUAUCGAAAAUAAGCCAUUAGAAUCUCCAACAAGCAGAAUAAUUGGAAUAAAUGACUUUUUCUAUGGCGAAACUACACAUAGAAAUACCUUCAAGCCUUUUAAAAGAGAGCAAUUUACAAUAAAAUCAAGGAAUAAAUCAUUAGAUUAUUCUCAAACUGAGUCUGCAAGAAGCCAAUACAAGUCAACUUAUGGAAAAGAUUUCAGUUCAAGUCCUCGUAAAAGAACGAUUUUUACAUUGAAGCAAGUAAAACAAAUGCAAUAA